AUGCUGGGGGUUUCUGAUGUUAGCCAAAGGAACGAAUCCGAGGGCGGAAGUAGUAUACGCCCAUUACUCCGUGCUUCGACAACCUUCUACGACCGCGUUAUCACAGAUUGGUGGUGGUGGGAACUCUUCAGUCUAGCCGUCAGUUUCUUGUCAGUCGGGGCCAUUGUUGGCAUGCUGCUGUUCUAUAGAGGCAAAAAGCAACCGGAUCAUGUCUUCUUUGGAAUCACCCUCAACGCGUACAUAUCGGUGUUUUCAGCCAUAGCGAAGGCUGCCCUGAUCCUCCCCGUUUCAGAAGGCAUUGGUCAACUGAAGUGGAUGUGGUUUCGAAAAGGAUCGAAACUUUUGGAUUUCUUCACAUUCGACAGCGCUAGCCGUGGACCCUGGGGUUCUCUAAUGCUAUUAUGGGUAACAAAAUGCAGGCAUGUAGCGGCUCUUGGUGCCAUAAUCACUAUCCUAGCGCUAGCUUUUGAACCCUUCUUCCAGCAGCUCGUCUCAUUUCCUCCCCGAGAUGUAGUUCUGGGAAGCGGUACUGUUUCUAUUGCCAGUACAUACCAUAUUGACAACCAAGGGAUCGCUUAUGUUUUUGACGGCGGGGAAUUAGAAGAGGGGAAGUCAAUGAAACUGGUUAUCGAUGAAGCUGUUUUUACGUCUAAUUUCGCUCCCACACCCGCUCCAUCUGUCUGCCCAACGGGUCGUUGCACCUGGUCUCCAUACACAUCUCUUGGUGUAUGCCAAAAGUGCCAGGAUAUCUCGAGCUUCCUCAAGUAUAGUUGUAAAAAUCACACAACAUUGCUUUUUCCGCACAGAGGGACCUCAGUUGACGACGGUUGUGGGUAUGUUUUAAACGAUACCAUUCUUGUGGGCACGCAUGGAUACCGCCAGAAAUACUCGAUUACACUAUCCACGUUUGCUGUUAAUAGGACGAUCAGAAUGGCAAGCCCGGCCGAUCAUGACCACACUACGUCCUGGAACUCGACGAUAUUUCACGACGCAGCGCAUCCCAUCCUCGACGUAUACAUUGCCUAUAGCCGCGGGGGGGAAGCAAAACUUCGGCCAAACGCUACAGCAGUUCUACUAGAAUGCCUAUUUUAUUGGUGUGCACAGACAUUUGAAGCUUCAUAUGGCAGUGGUGUUCUCCAGGAAGUUCUGCUAAAUACGUCAGCAAUACAGUCUGGUAUCUUAGAUCACAACCAUGGGAACCAAUCUAGAAGCGAACCUUUUACAUUGAACGUUGGAGGCAAGUCUUUUGGCAUUAUCGAAAACACGACAGAUUUUUUGGGUGAGAGCAUAUACACUUCUCUUCCGACUCGUCUCGACGGUAGCUCCCCUGGGCUAUGGCAAUUCAUGCAGACUCCGCCAUACGACCUGAACCCGCAUUUUAGCAAUCUUGCGGUUGCAGUGACGAACAGAAUGCGCUCCCAAGCAAAAGACACCGAGACAGUGUCAGGACUUGCUUUAGGAACCGAAAAUUUUGUGUACAUAAGAUGGGUGUGGAUCUCCUUGCCAGGAAGCCUGCUGAUUGGAAGCUUUAUCUUCGUCUGUGCUGCGAUCUUUAAAAGCCGUAGAGCUAAAGCGGUGGCAUGGAAAUCGUCGGCUCUAGCAACGCUCCUACAUGGGCUAUCAAAAGAGGCACAAGGACAAUUCAAUCCUCAUUUGCGCCAGAGUGAGGUAGAAGCACUAUCACAGAAACUGCGAGUCAAGCUUUCUUCAGAGGAAGAUGGCAGUACUAGGCUGAUAUUGGCUUGA